UUUUAUUAACCACGGAUGUUUUUAAAAAUUAAUUUGUAUGGUGCUCCAGCGUGGCCGAAAGUAGUAAAAGAACUCGUUAUCAAAAUGGAACAGUCUACAUUUCGCCAGACAGAAGAUCGACAUGUAUCUGUGGAAGUUACGUCAAUGCUCUGGUCACCAAAAAUGGACCUUAUUGCAUUAGCAAAUCUUCAAGGGGAGGUUGUUCUGCAUCGUCUUUCUUGGCAGAAGGUUUGGACUAUUCCUGCUCCAGCUGAUAAUGUUACUGUUGGUAGUAUGGCAUGGCGCCCAGAUGGCCGGAUAUUGGCUGUUGGUUACACUCAUGGCAAAGUAUGUCUUUGUCAUAUUGAGAAUGCUGAUGUGCUACAUGAAGUUAAUAUCCAUGAAGAAGUGACAAGUAUGAGUUGGGUUUCUCAAGUUUUCCCAGACGGCAGUUCUUGGUCUCCUCGUGCUUAUCCAGAGGAUACUUCAGAUCAUUACCUACCAAAAUUAGAACCUCUUAAUAAAAGAGAAGAAAGUGUUGAAGAUGCCAAGAAAGUUAAAAAUCAAAAAGAAUUAAAUCUACUAGUUGUUGGUUCAGCUGUUGGAAAUGUCUAUUUGUUUGCUUAUGGUAUAUUUCCAUGUGGAUCUAUAAUCUUAAUGCAUCCUAGCAUUCAGGACAAGAGAAGUCGAGUGAACUCUGCUAUGAUAUCUCAAGAUCUGUAUACACUCUGGUUAAUUCUAGAAGUUACUGAAGAUGAUUCUGGUGACUGUGGUUAUUACUUAGCCUCGAUGGACACUACACUUCUGGCUAGCAGACAUCAAGAACUUCGAUUACUUGCACUGAAAUAUGCAGAACUAUCUUCUCUUUUAGAAUACUUGAACUCCACAAUUCAGCAGAUGACAGAAGCAUGGGAAGAUAUUCUUAUGGAAAUGGAUGACAAGUUGCUAAAGUUUGCUGAAGAGAAAAAGCAAUGUGGUAGUUCCCGACCUGCAGUCUCUGUAUCUACAGAUCUUCUUGAAAUGUUGCUCAUGGGCAGAGCAAGCACUGAACUUCGUCUAUUUCUUCUACAUGAACUGACAGAAAAGGGUCUCAAAAAGCUUGGUCUUUCUAUUGAGUCAUCUUAUCUAAGUAUACAAAAACUGGUAGUCCGUCUUCAAAAUGUUGGAGUAUCAAUAAUGAAUCAUCUCAGAGAUCUAUAUGGUAUGUCAAUGUGGUACGACAGAUUUGGUGUUGUAGGUUUGACUAGUAAGAGUUUACAUGAAGCAGUUAUGGCUUCUUGUACCUUUGUGAUGAAGGCUAGUGAACUGCACCAAGUAAUUGACCGAAGUAUUAAAAGUUUAAAAGCCUUUUUCCGAUGGUUGUAUGUUGUUAUGUUACGUUUGGCUGGUGAAUUACCUCCAACUCAAGAACUCAGUAAGAUGACUCAACAUGAUUUCAACUUUGUUGCCGAGUUUAUUCGGGAUAAUUUUGAUCAGUUAUCUCUGAAUAAAGAUGACAGUAAGAAGCCAGGAUUUAAAUUAGAGAAAGUUGGCCAGUACUUGCGGAAAGAAGAUUUACAAUUCCCACCUGAUAAUUCCAAGAACCCCUGGGUAAAAUUCUCUCAAAGUCAUCCAGUUCUUGCUAAUAGUACAUUGCUGUAUUCAGUGAAACCAAAUAACUCAUUGGUGCAAGUGCAACAGAUUCUAGAAGAAAAAAUUGAAUUGGCUCUCACUAAACCAACUAAUGUUAUUGGGAGAGAAUGUCACUCCAGCUGUUUAAUCAAACUGUUUUCAAUGCCAAAAAAUAACAAGAAAGAUGAUAAAGAAUAUGUUUGUCGAUUUUCUCAGUUUUCAAUGAAUAAUGGAACACAGAUGUACACAGUGUUUACUGCAGGUCCUUUGCCUUAUGAAACCCUUUAUAUCAUUCGAACACUGGACACAAAUGAACAGCCAAAAGAAUCUUUUGAGAUUGCUGCAGUUUGUGUAGGAUCCAUUGGAACAACAGAGGAACAGGACGAGGGAGAUGAUGGAAUUAUUAAAGACAGCAGUCUCAACACACAAACAUCAUCUCCACGGUAUAAAAUGUUGGAUGUGUCUUAUUAUGACGAGAAAACAAUCUCUCUUCUAUUACAAGAUGAAAGCAAAGGGAAUGCACUCCUCACACAGUUACCAGUUGCAAGAAUUGUUGAUAGUUUCUUUACAAAAGUUCCCCACAAUGCAAAUAAGCUGUCUCUCUCUGAACUCACUUGCUAUAAUGUUGGUGACCACAUUGAUCCCUCAACCUGUCGUGUCCUAGAUAACAUGAAGGCUCGUAACUUUGCUGUCAGUGGAAGCCGAAGAGUAGCUGCUGUGUUAUUCUCCUCCCGACGCCGUUGUCGUGUGUUUUUGCUCGACGCUGAAGAUGAUGAAGACGAUGACACAAUGUUUGAUUCUAGCUGCAACGAAGCUUCUGCGAAUGAAUGCAAAACGGUUGAUAAAAGUGAGAGCGAAGCAUGGACAUCAGCUGCAGAAGCUCCUGAACCAAGCACUGCUGAGGGUGAUUCUCUAGCUGCAGAUGAUGAAGACAAGGAGAACACUAGUGUUAUGGAAACAGAAUAAUGAAUAAUAGUUCUGUAGAAAGGUGUACAUAUUAAUGUAAUUGAGACUGAUUUGAGAUGAUGGCAAUUUAUCAAUGCCAUGGAAUAAAGCAAAAUUAUUUUAUAUAAAUCUCUUGUAACUA